AUGUCUUCACCAAACAAAAGACUCCAGCAUUACAACAUGCUUGGAGUUCGCCCAGAUGCGACUUCUGCUGACGUCAAGAAGGCAUACCAUCGAAUGGCUCGCCUGGGGCAUCCCGACAAGCAUGGCAACUCUGCCGCUGCCACAGCGGACUUUCAGGAGCUGCAGCAAGCCUACGAGAUUCUCUCUGACCCCAAAGCAAGGCAUACUUAUGACCAGACCAUCGCCACCAAGCUGUCGAGGACAGAGCAGGUGCGGCGCAGGUAUGCCGAGCUCCUUGAUCGUGUACAACGGGAUUCGGCAAGGGUACAGCCCACUGUCGACUAUAGACGGCAGCUCUUUGAAGCGUUCACCUUUCGGCUGAAACAAAAGCAACGGGCCUACGAUGUUGCACAACGGCGUACUAUCGACGCGAAGGCUUUUGUUGUCAUCAGCGAUGAUGACAGCGACGAGCCAGUCCAACCUCCUCAAAGUGAUACCUAA